AUGAAGUUCUCACACAGCAUCCAGUUCAAUGCUGUUCCGGACUGGAGCAGUCAUUACAUUGCCUACAGCAACCUAAAGAAGCUUAUCUACCAACUCGAGAAGACAGUCCACCAAACCUCCACAGGCGACGUCGAAUCAAGACCUCUUAUUCGAAACGAAGAACCCGAAGAUGUGUUUAGCCGUGCGCUUGGUGUAGAAUUGGAGAAGAUUUGCUCCUUCUACGUAUCCAAGGAGGGCGAGCUCCUCGACGAAGUCAAUCAACUCUUGGGAGAUGUUGGCAACCACUCGUCAGAGGACGACGAAAACGAUGGCGAACCCAGACGUUCAUUCGGCAGCGCCUCUCGGCCGGGACUUUCCGUCAACGGAAGGAGAACUUCCGUCUCGAUUGAUGGCAACAUGGAGGAUAGUGACGAUGAUGAGGACGAUGAUGAAACCACCGGCUUGACGAAGAGUCGCUCAAGCCUUGGCGGCGGCAGACGCAAGACUGCCCCGAAUCUGGGCCACUCGGUCACCGAUAUGACUGCUUCAACCGAUCUGACGCUGGGAAGAUCGCUGCGGCGGUACAGCACGGCGAAUGACGAGAUGCCGGAUCAGACCUUCCUCUAUUCCUCAGGCAUCAUGCUUAAGAAGCGCAUCAUCAGCCUCUACGUCUCGCUCUGCGAGCUCAAGUCGUACGUGCAACUGAACCGGACGGGUUUCAGAAAGGUCUUGAAGAAAUUCGAUAAGAUUCUCGACAAGGAACUGCGGGUCAAGUACAUGACUGCCAACAUCGACUCAGCGUACCCCUUCAAGCCGGAAAACAUCAAGAGUAUCGAGGAGAACAUCUCCAAGAUGGAGAAGGCGUACGCCGAGAUUGUGACUCAAGGCGACGAGGGACUUGCCAAGCGAGACCUGAGAUCUCACCUCCGCGAACACGUUGUUUGGGAGCGUAACACUGUCUGGCGAGACAUGAUUGGUAUGGAGCGUCGCGCAGAGGCUGCGAGCUUGGGCAGAGGGCUCCUGGGAAGGGACGGAGCGACGGGAUCCAGGCGGUUGCAGGGCGAUGAUGAGCUUGCCCCAAUCACCAAGGAGGUGGUCACUCCCGUAGGCCGUUUUGUUGUGCCGACGUGGGUUGCCAACACGCCUCUGCUCACUCUCUUGAUUGCUGUCGGCGUUUUCCUCCUUCUCCUUUUCCUCCCCAUCAUGGAGAAGCCCGAGCAACAGAACUGCUUGGCGUUGCUUGUGUUUGUCAGCAUCCUUUGGGCUACGGAGGCCAUUCCGUUAUUCGUUACGUCGCUCAUGAUACCCUUCCUCUGCGUCGUUUUGACUGUCGUUCGCUCUGAAGAAAAGCCCUACAGGAGGCUUGAUGCCAAGGCCACCACGGCCUACAUCUUCUCGGCCAUGUGGACACCCGUCAUCAUGCUUCUGCUCGGUGGAUUCACUCUGGCUGCGGCUCUGUCCAAGUGCAAGAUUGACAAGCGACUCGCGACGUUUGUCCUUAGCAAGGCCGGAACCACUCCACGCACUGUACUCAUUGCCAACAUGCUCGUUGCGGCGUUUGCUAGCAUGUUGAUCAGCAACGUAGCUGCGCCAGUUCUUUGCUUCUCUAUCAUUGAGCCCAUGUUGCGAACUCUGCCCUCGGAAUCAAACAUGUCCAAGGCUGUCAUCAUGGGAAUCGCGCUCGCCUCCAACAUCGGCGGUAUGCUUUCCCCUAUUGCCUCGCCGCAGAAUGUUGUCGCUAUUGGUAUCAUGAAACCCGCGCCUACCUGGAUCCAGUGGUUCUUCAUCGUCAUCCCUGUCGGCAUCGUCUCGCUGCUCCUCAUCUGGAUCUUGCUAUUGAUCACAUUCCAACCGAGCAAGGGAACCACCAUUGCUCCGAUCCGUCCUGUGAAGGAAAAGUUCACAGGCAUCCAAUGGUUCGUCUCCAUCGUCACGCUCAUCACCAUUGGCCUGUGGUGCGGUAGCCACCAGAUGGAGUCCAUCUUUGGUGACAUGGGUGUUAUCGCCAUCAUCCCCAUCGUCCUCUUCUUUGGCAUUGGUAUCUUGACCAAGGAGGACUUCAACAACUUCCCGUGGACCAUCAUCAUUCUGGCUGCCGGAGGUUUGUCUCUAGGUAAGGCCGUCAAGUCAUCUGGCCUUCUGCACACUGUUGCUGGCGUCGUUACCAAGGAGGUCGAGGGUAUGAGUCUCUACGUUGUCCUCGUCGUCUUCUCAGCCCUUAUCCUCGUCAUCGCCACUUUCAUCAGCCACACGGUCGCAGCUCUGAUUAUCCUGCCGUUGGUGUUUGAUGUUGGCUCCAACAUGGACGAACCCCAUCCGAACUUGUUGGUCAUGGGUGGUGUUUUGAUGUGCAGUGCCGCCAUGGGUUUGCCUACAAGUGGUUUCCCCAACAUGACUGCUAUUAUGAAGGAAGACCCGACGGGCCAGAGAUACCUCCAAGUGAAACAUUUCAUCAGCAGAGGUGUGCCCAGCAGUAUUCUCACAUUGGUCGUCGUCGUGUCCUUGGGAUAUGGCCUCAUGAGGGUCGCUGGGCUGGACUAA